GGGGGACCCCCCGGGCCCGUGGGACCCCCGGGGCUGACGGGACCUGCUGGAGAGCCCGGCAGGGAGGGAAAUCCCGGCUCUGACGGACCCCCGGGCAGGGAUGGGGCGGCCGGAGUGAAGGGCGAUCGUGGCGAGACCGGCCCCGUGGGCGCUCCCGGCGCUCCCGGUGCUCCUGGCGCUCCCGGCCCCGUGGGACCCACUGGAAAACAGGGAGACAGAGGAGAGACGGGUGCUCAGGGUCCCAUGGGUCCCUCCGGCCCUGCUGGCGCUCGGGGGAUGCCGGGUCCCCAGGGGCCGCGCGGUGACAAAGGCGAGGCGGGCGAGGCGGGCGAGCGCGGCCUGAAGGGUCACCGGGGCUUCACCGGGCUCCAGGGGCUGCCCGGGCCUCCCGGUCCCUCCGGAGACCAGGGCGCUGCCGGGCCCGCGGGCCCCUCCGGGCCCAGGGGUCCCCCCGGCCCCGUGGGUCCCUCAGGCAAGGACGGCUCCAAUGGGAUGCCCGGACCCAUCGGCCCCCCUGGCCCCCGUGGGAGGGGGGGNNNGGGGGGGGGGGGGGGGGGGGGGGGGGGGGGGGGGCCGCCCGGCCCCCCCGGGCCCCCCGGCACCGGCAUCGACAUGUCGGCGUUCGCGGGGCUGGGGCAGCCCGAGAAGGGCCCCGACCCCGGGCGCUACAUGCGGGCGGACGAGGCGGCGCCGGGGCUGCGGCCGCACGACGCCGAGGUGGACGCCACGCUCAAGGCCCUCAACAACCAGAUCGAGAGCAUCCGCAGCCCCGAGGGCUCCCGCAAGAACCCGGCCAGGACCUGCCGAGACAUCAAACUCUGCCACCCCGACUGGAAGAGCGGUGAGAGAGAGGCUCCAGCCCUGAGUCCACCCGUGUCCACCCCACUGGUUGAUUUAAAGACGUCCAAGACGUGGAAAUUUUGGCGUCUGGCCGUGACACCCACACCCCUGUGGGCGAGCAAACCCCAGGAAUUCCCCCCAAAAUAAAAACCCAUCUGAGGACAAGCAAACCCCAGGAAUUCCCCCCAAACAAAACCCAUCUGAGGGCCUCCCUCCCGCCCGCAGUUCAGCUACGGCGCUGAGGAGCUGGCGCCCAACACGGCCAACAUCCAGAUGACGUUCCUGCGGCUGCUGUCCAGCGAGGGCUCGCAGAACCUCACCUACCACUGCCGCAACAGCGUGGCCUACCUGGACGGCGACUCGGGCAGCCUGAGGAAGGCGCUGCUCAUCCAGGGCUCCAACGACGUCGAGAUCCGCGCCGAGGGCAACAGCCGCUUCACCUACAGCGUGCUGGAGGACGGCUGCGCGGUGCGUGCCGGGGCGCGGCGCUCCCGGGGUUAA